GUCAGCUCAAUAAUUGACGUGGCAUGUCCAUGUCUGCACGGUGGCCGGAAAGUUUCUCAGGCACGGUGGUUUGAGUCACCGGAGGGACUAUUUCCGGAAGUUCCUCCGGGGAGGGACCAAAAACGUCCGGUGACCAAAGUUUAGGUAACAUUUACAUAUUUUUCCCUAGAAUAAUUGAUAACGUGGUGUGGAUCUUAAAUUAGGAAAGAGCAAAGAGAAUUCUGUACACAAGAUACGCCUAAGAUGGCGGCAAAUACCACUACGAGUUCAGCUGGCACAGAAACACCUCUAUUGGUGGUGGUGGCAGUGGAGUCCAGUGGAGUUGAGGAGGAGAAAUGGUGGAACAAGGUGCUGGACAUGGAGGAGGCGAAGCUUCAACUCCUCAUUGCACUGCCAAUGAUUCUUACAAAUUUAUUCUAUUACUUGAUCACUUUGAUUUCGGUCAUGCUCGUUGGUCACCUCGGAGAGCUUCAACUUGCUGGCGCUACUCUCGCUAAUUCAUGGUUCAGUGUCACCGGCGUCGCUGUCAUGGUAGGUUUAAGUGGAGCACUGGAAACACUCUGUGGGCAAGCAUUUGGCGCAAGGGAAUACCAAAAGUUGGGAAUUUAUCUACAAGCCUCUUGCAUCAUAUCUCUUAUUUUCUCUAUCAUUAUAUCCGUUAUUUGGUUCUACACAGAACCCAUCUUAGUGUUGCUUCAUCAAUCUCAUGACAUUGCGAGAACAGCUGCAAUCUACAUGAAGUUUCUCAUCCCGGGAUUAUUCGCUUAUUGUUUCUUGCAAAACAUCUUGAGGUUUGUACAAACACAGUCUGUCGUCAUGCCGCUGGUUGUCCUUUCAGCUCUUCCAGCAUUGGUUCAUGUUGGGAUUGCAUAUGCCUUAGUUCAUUGGACAGGUCUCAGAUUCAUAGGUGGACCAGUUGCAGCAUGUGUUUCACUAUGGAUAUCACUGGUAAUGUUGGCCUCAUAUGUCAUGUAUUCAAAGAAGUUCAAACAGACAUGGGAGGGAUUUUCGACGCAUUCAUUCCAUUAUGUGUUUACAACCUUGAAACUUGCUCUGCCCUCAGCAGCAAUGGUAUGUUUUGAGUACUGGGCUUUCGAAGUUCUGGUUUUCUUAGCUGGACUGUUUCCUGACUCGGAAAUAACAACUUCAUUGAUUGCCAUAUGUGCAAACACAGAAUUCAUUGCAUACAUGAUCACGUAUGGUCUCAGUGCGGCUGCGAGCACAAGGGUUUCAAAUGAAUUGGGAGCAGGCCAUUCAGAAAGAGCUAAGCAUGCUAUGGGAGUCACUCUAAAGCUCUCUCUCCUCCUUGGUGUGUGUUUUGUUUUGGCACUUGGAUUUGGUCACAAUAUCUGGAUUCAGCUUUUUAGUAGUAGUUCAGCAAUCAAAAAGGAGUUUGCUUCAGUGGCACCUUUGCUUGCGAUUUCCAUACUACUAGAUUCUAUCCAAGGUGUCCUGUCAGGGGUAGCUAGAGGAUGUGGUUGGCAGCACUUGGCUGCUUAUGUAAACCUUGCAACUUUUUAUCUUAUUGGUUUACCGAUAUCAUGUCUCCUUGCAUUUAAGACCAGUUUGCAGUACAAGGGUUUAUGGAUUGGUCUGAUUUGUGGGAUGGUCUGUCAAGCUGGAACUCUUUUACUUCUCACAACUCGUGCAAAAUGGGCAAAACUGGAACUCUCCGGGGACAAAGAUAAAGACAAUGAUCAUCUCGUAGCUUGACAGAAUGAUUGCCAAACUGGGACUUGGUUAAAAAUGAAAUGUUCACAACAUGUAGUGAACAUGAUUUUUCUAGUUAUAAUUGAACACUAAGGUGACUACAUAACAAACUCAUCGAUUGAGCCCCAGAAUAUUAGCACAAAGAAGAAACACCCUCGUAGUAUGUUAUACAGUAAAAAAUGCAGAAUUUCCUUUUGAAAAUUCAAAUGAGUGAUGAAGUCUUAUAUUGGUUAAGAAUGGGUUAAUAAGAACAAUAUAAGUUUGAAAACCCACAAACUCAUUAUCUGUCCAAAUGUGGUGUAACCUCAUUGAUUUAUUUUAUCUCUUAAGCCCCGUUCAAGAUU